AUGGACGAAGCAAUCGAGCUGCCCCUCGCCAAAAGGCAGCGGAGGGAGCUGACCACUACCAAAGAAAAGCCUCCUCCUACCAGCUCCAGACUAUUUGCGCCCUUCAGAACUCUAGGACUGGUAUCACCAACCUCUGUUCCCUUCACCUCUGUUCCGCUAGGGAAGACAACCUUCCAGAUCACCACCUCGGUCGGCGAGACGUUACACACAUAUGACUUGCGACGGGGCCUUAAUCUCGUAUUCCUUACUCGCCCGAAAUGUCCUGGCACGAUAACUGCCACCCAUGCCUACCGAGACCGAGUCUUUGUCGCCUGGGGUGGAUCACAGCCCAACGAGUCCCGAGGAGUCUGGGUUUUCAAGAGAGGGCAGUUGAUAGGAGAAUUGGACGUUGACGACACCCACGCACAAGAGAUUCGGCAAUUGCUCGUCUUUGGAUCAUGGAUUGUUGGCUGUGGCACAGAGAGCCUCGAGGUCUGGAGUAGCGAUUCAUUGGAACACUAUACUUCUAUCCUUUCCUCUUCAACCUCAAUCAACAAUCGCUCGAGUGGUUCAUUUACAGGUCAGGCCUGCACUCUGCCAACCCUGUUGAAUAAAGUGCUUGUAGGCACAAAGCAUGGCUCGGUGGAGGUCUACAAUGUCAGUACAGGAAGGCUGGUCCACACCAUCCUCGCUCCCUCCUCUCGCUCCGGUGGUGUUACAGCACUUGCCCCAGCCCCUGCAGUUUGCUUGCUAGCAGUUGCAUAUGCCGAUGGCUCUCUCCAUAUCACGGAUGUUGAGGCCGAUGAACAAGUAUUGGAUCUGCGCCAGGCAAACAACAAGAAGCCAAUUACCUCAAUCACGUUUCGGACGGACGGGAUGGGUGCAGGCGACGACGGCCGGAAGGAGGGUAUCAUGGCCACAUCUAGCAUUCAAAGCGGCGAUAUCACUCUGUGGGAUCUCAAUCGUGGUGGAAAGGUAGUUGGCGUGGUGCGAGGCGCCCAUGAAACUUCCAGCUUGGGACAAGGCACUGGUGUGAACAAGGUCGAAUUCCUCGCCGGACAACCAGUCUUGGUCUCUUCUGGGUUGGAUAACGCUCUCAGAACGUGGGUAUUUGAUCAGAAUCCCUUUUCACCCGUCCCACGACUCCUCCAUUCUAGGAGCGGACAUGCCGCGUCUAUCACGAGGCUCAUGUUCCUACCAGCAGCUUCAGACGGUUCAGACGCCGCCGGCAAAUGGCUCAUGUCCGCGGCUCAAGACCGAAGUUUGUGGGGGUUCAGUCUGCGCAAAGAUGGCCAAAGCACAGAGCUCAGUCAAGGCGCUGUCAAGCAUAAGGCCCGCAAGUCAGGUCUCCUCGCCGACGACGCCUCAGCUGUGGAGGAUUUCAAAGCGCCACCAAUCAUUGAUAUCGCCUGUUCACUGAAUCGAGAUGGUGGAAUGGGCACGGUUAGCGGCCCCAUUUGGGCCAAUACGAAAAAUGUCAAUGCAGAAGAAAUCAGUACAACUGGCUGGGAAAGUGUCAUCACGGCUCAUGCUGAUGAUAAAUUCGCGAGAACAUGGUCGUGGGGAAGAAAGAAAGCAGGGCGAUGGGCACUGGAAACUGGAGACCACAAGCCCGUAACCAGCGUUGCCAUCACUGCUUGCGGGACAUUUGCGAUUGUUGGGUCAGCAGGGGGCAGUCUCGAUAUGUUCAACUUGCAAUCUGGCGCCCAUCGCCAACGAUACCCGCCUCGGCUCACACCUGCUCAGCUGAAGCAGUUGAAAUUACAACAAGCCAGCUCAACUCAGGUUCUCACUCCUCGUGGUCAUCGGGACACGAUCACGGGCAUUGUGGUUGACAAUCUAAAUCAGACUAUGGUCACCACCAGCCUGGACGGGACAAUCAUUUUUUGGGAUUUUUCAUCUGGCAAAAUCAUGGAACGAAGAACCCUCGACUCUGCAGUGCCCACUGCAAUUCGAUACAACCCUGUCUCAGGCCUUCUGGCCCUAUCCUGCGACGACUUGUGUAUCCGCAUAGUUGACAUCGAAACAUACAGAGUUGUACGCGAGUUAUGGGGUUGUAUUGGUCAAAUAUACGAUUAUUGCUUCUCACACGACGGGCGGUGGAUUACAGCUUGUUCAAUGGACUCGGUUAUUCGCGUCUUUGAUAUCGCUACAGGUCACUUGAUCGACGCGUUCAAGACGGAUGCAACAUGUACCAACAUGGCAUUCUCGAGGACGGGAGAGUUUCUGGCCACUACUCAUGCCGGAUGUUCGGGGAUAUUCAUCUGGACAAACAAGACACUCUUCAAUCACAUAUCCACCAAGCAGAUUGACGAUGUUCGUGGAGUUAUCGACUUGAGCCAGACGACCGCUGCGUUCAAUGCUGCCACUCAACUUGCCAUCGACGACGACGUGUCGGAGGACGAAGCUGUCGUUGAUGGAUUCGACGACUCUUCGGUGGUAGACCAGCUGGACAAGCGACUGCUAACACUGUCGCUCCAACCCCAAUCACGAUGGCAAACGCUACUCAAUCUCGACAGCAUCCGUGCGAGAAAUAAACCUAUCCAGCCGCCAGAGAAGCCCAAAGCGGCGCCCUUUUUCUUGGGAUCAAGCAGCCUCACCAACGGCAGCAAGCCAGAAAACGAGAUAUCCAUCGCCACCCCUGCCAAAGCCAUCGACGAUUCCGAGCGUUCGCGCAUCUCUCGCCUCGCGUCCACGAAUCAGGCACUCUCCCAACAGUCGCCACAACUCUCCUCGCUCCUCGAAGCGUUCUCUGCUUCGCCUCUCCACGACCCAUCUCCACUGACAGCUCACCUGUCUUCUCUGCCUCCCUCGGCUGCCGACUUGGAAAUCCGCUCUCUCACCAUUCCCGAGAUGCCUUUCUUUAUUGACUUCCUCACCCACCAGCUCCGCCAGAGAAAGUCCUUUGAAUUGGUGAAUACCUGGAUGAGCGUCUUUCUACGCGUCCACGGUGACUUCGUCAGCGAGGUCGACGACAUCAGGGAGAAAGUCGUCGAGUGGAGACAAGCGAUGGUCGAAGAGGAAGCACGCCUGAGCGAGCUGGUCGGCUACACGAGGGGGGUGGUUGAGUUCUUGAGGAGUGCGAGGUAA